AUGUCACGCUCCAGUGCAUCGGAAUGUGCAGAGCCAUGCAACGUCAUUUCAAGCUGCUUGAAGCAGGGGCGCGUGUGUCCGGACGAGGACCUGCUCAGAAAGGCCCUUCCUGCACUGGCAGGCUCUGGGCACCAUAAGGAAGUCAAGCUGGAGGUGAUGCCAGAUCAGGAGUUGAACGUGCUUCAGUUGCUGCCUGAGAAGCCUACCCGUGGGCUGGCAAGAGAUGAUUCCUGGCUAGGGGUCUCCAGCCACUCCGAAGGCAACUUGGCCUUUCAUGACAGUCCCUCCAGUUCGGGCGUGGAGGCCUACGGCAAGGGAUCCAGUUCGACGAAGGCUGGGCUAGUGUCUCCGAAGCCUCCUAAAGACGAACCAAUCACGCCUUCGCUGGGCAAGCUUGAUCUUCGAAGGUUUCAUCAGCGCAUUGGCAUAGCCUUGAUUGGGCGAUCUGGACCGGGAAUAAACAACGUCAUCAUGGGCUUAUUCGACUACGUCCAGGCAUGGAGCGGCACUGUGGUAUGCAUUGCCAUGGGCCUUGCCGGGCUUGUGAACGGAUACUCCUUCGAGCUGACUGAGGAGUUGCUGGCUCCGCACCGUAACCAAGGAGGCUGCGAUUUGCUUGGGCAGAGCCAGCCCGAGGAUAUUGAAAAGCUGGGCGGUGAACUGCACGCCUGUGCCAGCACCUGCAGAAGAUUGAAGUUGGAUGGUUUGGUGGUUUGGGGAGGCAGCCCAGCCAGCAACGUGAUUCAGAGAUGCCUUCUGUUUUUUCUGGAUGUGGAUGGAUGGGAAGCCGUCAGGGCAAUCCUGAGUGCUUAUUUCCCUAUUCAAGACAUGGCUUUCUCUGCUGGGCUGGCUGAUGGGCGCCACUUCACUUUUGAGAAGGGACAAACUUCCAUGUCAACUCCCCUUGCCAUGGCAUCCUCAAGCAAGUUUCCGGCCGCAAUUGCUAUUGCUGGGUGCGUGGCGGAAGGGCAUUUGACGUUUGAUACCUUCGCACACGAGGUUUUUCCCUGGUGGACGUCGGAUCCCGCUGUUCCAAAGAGUCGUGUGACUUUACGGAAUUUGAUGUCUUUCACGAGUGGCUUCUACUCCCCUGACACGGGUGGAAGUGUACCCUGCCUUGGUGCCAAUGCGUCGGUUUACACAGCAGAAGCCUGCGCAAGGGAAAUCUACGACCUCGCUCCUUUCCUCUACGAGCCAGGAACAACUUGGGCAUAUAAUUCAUUCCAUUUACAGGUUGCUGGGGCCAUGGCUGCCUAUGCAGCGGGCAUCUCUGUGCAGGAGCUGCUUCAUCGCUACCUUAUCCAGCCCUUGAAGUUGAAUGCAACCAUGUGGAUGGGUGGAGGGAACCCGGGCCUGGCUGGAAAUAUGAUGACAACAGGCAACGACUACGACCGAAUCUUGCGGGCAUACGUGGGCCACGAAUUGAUCCCUGAGAAGGUCAGCAAGGAGAUGGAAAGAGAUUAUUUGGAUGGCGUGCAAGUUGCAAACUCCAGCACUUUCUUGGUCCAGCUGCUUGGUCAUUAUUCCAUGUGCAAUUACUUCGAGUGUUUUCCGCCAAAGACCAGCGGAUUUACCGACCAAUGCAAGAGGGCCAAUGUACAUAUGGAUGCUGGCUUGUUUGGCUACUAUCCUUUGGUGGACCGUGCGAAGGGGAUGUACAUGCAGAUCGUGACCAUGAAGUUUCCGCAAUCCCAGGCAACCUACUUUGCACCGACCAUCGCUUCGAUGGCCUUGCGUCUCAUCACGAAGGGCUGGGUUGACAAAGCCCUGCGCUUGCCCACGCAGGAGACAAACAAGCUCCGGACUCGGACAAUCAUGCAUGAAGCCCCUGGUCUCUUGCUUAAGCUUGCUUCAGCUUGCUCUUUUGUUAAACCGUUCCUAAGUCCUAAGUAUCUUUCCCCGAAAGUCUGA